AUGACAGAAGAAAAUAUUCAAACCGGAGGAAGAAGUGCUCGCAAAGCCGUGCAAGAGGCCGGCUUCGAGUUCAGCGAGACUCUGAAGAAAGAGCUGGAAGAGAAGAUAGCAAAGGCAGCUUUUAGGAGCGAGAAUGCUAGUGCCAUUGCGCAAGCGGAUAUGCCCACCAGUGCAGGCAAGUUUGAGAGGGAAUUGGCCGCUGCGCGGCCAUGGUCUGGGACCGAGCGCGUGGAAGACGCCUCUUCUCGAAUGCUUCAUGAUGCCCAUAGGCCGCUGCAUGGUGCACAGAGAACUACGGCACGUGUCCCGAAGAAGGUUGAUACUGGAAGACCGAGUAAGAAGGUCAACAUUGGGGUGAAGCUCGCAAGUGCAAAGGAGAGAUCGUCUAUAUACACCCUCACCAACGAAGAGGCCGAGGGACUUACAGAGGAAGAGAGGGACAAGUUCCGGCAGGAGAUGAAAGCUCGCUUCCAGUCUGGAGCUCGUUCUGUACCAGCUUCAUUGUCUGGAAUCGCAGCUCUGGCUAAUGAAAGAAUCGAGGAUGCUAUUGCGAGGGGCAAGUUCAAGAAUCUACCGCGUGGCAAGAAAAUUGAGCGCGAUUACAACGCAAGCAGUCCUUUUAUUGAUACGACGGAAUAUUUCCUGAAUGGAAUCAUCCAGAGACAGGACAUACUGCCUCCACUUAGAAACGAUUGGAAGCGACAUGUUGCGAGGGUCAUAUCAAGCCGCGGUGGCACACUCGAGAGCAAAAUCAAACUCGCCGAGGAGUACGCAUUCGCUGAAUCUCUUGAGAACCCAUCCAAGAAGCAAGUUGAGCAGUUCAAUGCCGUCAAUACAGAAGGUAACCUGACUCAAAUCACGAUUACUACUGAGCCGAAGCUAGGGAACUCUGCAAAUUCUGCAACAACAGAAGAAGAAAUUAAGAUCGUGGAAGAUACCUUCGACGAGAAUGGAAGCUUGAAGCCACCAGAACAGGUGAUAGUGUCCAAAGAACAGCCGAGCUGCUCGCAGGCAAUUCCUCCUACUUCACCAAGACGACCGACAGUGCCAGCUUUCCGUGACCCACAAUGGCUCCAAACCGAGCGACCAUACCAUGAACUGGCCGUGAAGGAGCUUAAUGGACUUACCAGGAGUUACAAUUUAAUGGCGCCAGAUCUUGCUAAGAAGCCGUACUUCAGUGUAGAGCGGGAACUGCAAAAGUGCUAUGCCGACGUUGCACCACAGGUCGCUGCAACUAUCCGGGAGAGGGCUCUCACUCCUAAGAUCAAAGGCAUCGAGGUCAUUGGCCAUCGCCCUGGCGGGGUGCUCGAUAAGUUUUCUAUGGACAAGGCCAGUCAUGUGUACGAUGAACGAAAGCCACAAUAUGGUUGGAAGGAAUUUUGGCGGGAUUUGUUUGCGCCAAAGACCUGA